CCACUCUUUCUUACAUUCAUUUUUUUCAUUUUCCAUUUUUACUAUGUUGAUGCCAAGUGUGAACAAAUUACUAAUGACUUGAAAUCAAAUGGUAAAUGGAAUUUUGAUGAUACUUUCUAUUCAUUUAGUGGUGGAAACAUCACUUUUACUCUGCUCUUUAUGCCCUGUGGUGCAUCAGUUCUUUUGAUUCAAGUGGUAUCUCAAAAUGGGGGAGGUAAUUUUGACGCACGCAACUUUACAAGAAAUGACUUGAACGUUGAUAAAUACAUCGGCGUUAAUGUUAUUACUGAUAAGCAGCAUCUAUUCCGUAUACAAGCUAGUGUUAGUGACUUCAAAAACAUUAGUUGUCCUAACCCCCGUUUCAGUGGAGAACUCUGCUAUGCUAGAUAUGUUGAUGCUCCUGAUUGUGAAAGAGAAAAAAAUGCAAUGAUUAUUGACAAAAAUAAGGCGAUUGAUGAAAAAAAUACGGCGAUUAAUAAUUGCAAAAAUGAAAAAGCUAUAGUAAUUGUUGUACCAAUAGUAACCGCGAUCAUUGUAGCAGCGGGAAGUAUAAUAGCAGUAAUAAUUAAACAAUAUUUUGAUGAGAAAUCUAGCAAAUGUGAAAUAUGCGAUUCUCCUAAACCUAUCCAAUAAGGCUAUCAUCAUAUAUACCAACACACUUUAUAAUCAUGUUAAUGAUAUAUUCUUUUCCAAUUGAACAUAAAUAUAACCAUUAUUAU